AUGACAUAUGAACAGUGGAGACAAUCAAAGCAAGCUAUAAAGAACAUCUGUGGAAACUUUGAAUCAAUACCAACCAAUCUACGCUACUUAAUAUGGAGACACAUUGUAUGUCAUGAUAACUUGAAUACGAACCAGAUGGUAGUACCAUGCCUAUCUGGUAGCAGUGCAGCAGCAUUGAAUGAUAGCUUCAACUCAUUGAUAGGCACUGUACAGUUGGACAGUGGUGUUAAUAUCGAUCUCACACGCUCUAAUGACAGCACAAGCAGUGUUGGUAACGCAUCACUGUCGUCUAGCUCGGCGUCUUACAACCCAACACCUAUAUUCCACAACGAUAUGCUCAAUAGAGAUUGUCUACAGUUGACCAAUGACUACAGUCUAUUCGAUCAGAUACGUCAACUUAUCAAGCGAGACUGCAUGCUGUCGCGAGGCCAUGUAGUUGAUGAACUGCCCCAGUCGAUACUAUUGGACACACUGGAUGCCGAGAUGAUAUCUGAGCGACUGCAGAGAUUUGUACGCAACUUCUGCAUGGCGACCAGUCGAGAGUACAGCAUUCACGUGGCUCAGCUCAUCAUACCAUUCGUCGUGCAGUCCUUCUCCGAUGAGAUCGUCUCCAAUCUCGAACGACCCAACGACAAACAGAACUCUGAAGAAGACUGGAUGAGUCUAAGCAUCAAGAUCGUCGAGAACCUAUCACUCUCUGGCCUACUUCCAUUCAGAUCAGCACAUCCCAUCCUUCAAUGUGAGAGUGAGAUGUUUAGAAUAUUACUACUCUUCCAUGAUCCAGCUCUGUCAUACUUCUUUGAACAACGCACUGUGUUCACUACAUUGUACUUCUACAAUUGGAUCAAUCAUAUGCUAUGUGGAUGCGCAGACUUAUUGGCGUUGGUACAAUUAUGGGACAUAUUAUUGUUCCAUGAUCAUCAGGACUUUUAUCUAUUCUUCACAUUGUCAUUGUUGACAUCGAAUCGAGAGCAUAUAUUGUCGAUCAAUGGAGGUUCCAAAGAUAUAUUGUCCACACUACAAGAGUGCGACCUAUUCAGCCAGGCCAAGCUACCAAUGUUGAUCAAGAAGGCCUCAGACAUGCGAAAGAUCACACCAAUAUCGUUCAUCAACUCUUGGAGCAAACUAUUCACCAACUGCAAGCAUCCCAAGGGUCCACGUCUAGACAUGAUCACUCAGACCUACAACGAAUUCAAGUACUCCAUAUGCAUGGCAAUCGAUGUCGAGGAGAUGAUCCUAAUGUCAAAGUAUGGACUACACCCUGGCGUAAGAGAGAAGCUCAAAUACUAUCAACAUGGCGGCUGGAAGGAUGCCAACCUAGUUGUGUUGGACUGUAGACCAUACAGAUACUUCAAGAGUGGAAAGUUCCCAGACUCGUAUCAUCUUCCACCUGGUUUGCUUAUUGAUCGACCUGAUGAAUGGCAAGACAUGAUCAAGAAGACACAUAGCAGUGGCAAGGGAGUGUCACACUUUGCCUUUUAUGACAAUUGGAGUCAACAGGUCAGCAAUCCAUUGUUUGACAAGGAGAAGAACGAAGCGGAUACCAACGACAAUGGCGAUAUGAAUAUGAACAUUCUCAGAUUCCUCAAAGAAGGUUUCCCAUACGUCAGCAGAGUACCAUCAGGUUACAAAAAAAUACAUGACCUAUUCCUAUCAAAGGGAUUCGAACUUAAUUGCCAUGACCCUACAUUGUGUCCAGUCUGCAAUCCAAACAUCCAGUACACAUCACUUCAACAAUCACCAACAAUGUCACCACAACAACAGACGCCAGCUCAACAGAUCACACCUUCCAAACGAGAGAGGUUCUUCAACAUGUUGAAGAUUGGUAGCAGGAGCAGUGUACAGUUACCCAAAGAACAAGUCAACAACAACAACAUGAACAACAAUAACAGUAGUCUAAUCAACUCACCAAACCACAACAACAUCAACAACAACAACAACUACAACAGCAACAACUUGAACAAUUCGAGAGAAGACAUAUCACCACUGAGGAAGCCAAAUCCUUUGAGACAGACUGUACAUCUUAGUGAUCUAUCAAUUGGAAGCAGUGGAAGUAGAGGUGGAAGCAGAGGCAGUAGGACAGAGAAGAACAAGUCAAUGUUGUCAACAUCAAUGGUGGACCUCAACGAUCUGUUUGAUCAUGAUCCAAGAUUACUCGAGCUGGAAGUGGCAAUCAAGAGGAUAGCAGCGCCAAUCAUCGUGGACUCGGACGAAGAGGAUGAAGCAGAUGGAUACGACGACUUUAGACACAAUCCAAGAUUCUACUACAUGAGCACUUUGGCUGACGUUGAUGACGAGGGCGGACACUACUACCGCGACUACAACAUGACGGCCGUCAAGAUGCCUGUGUACGAACCCAACAAGGAGAAGCUUGCCAUUGAGCAGAUGGAGAAGAGUCUGGCCGAGUACAAAGGUCUGGAGGAGUGGCUGGAGGGCGAUCAUUUCAUCUUUGAGUGUGCCGAGCUGACGGACGACGUUGUCAACUUGAAGUGCUACGCGGUCAUCUCGAAGGAUCAGUUCCUCGUACUGAAGGAGCAUCCGAAAUGCAGUGGAUACGUCAAGGUGGACAGCAAGUACAAUCUGGCCAACGUUGGAUUCAACGAACACAAUCCAGCAAUUCUGGAACUGAUCACCAAUCACAAUGGAGUUGCCAUUGGCGGCAAUGAGUUGCAACCCAGUGGCAAGAGACAAUACCUAUUCCCCGAUAUAGAUACCAUCACAUCAAUCCAAACCAAGAUCAAAUCACAUCAAUAA